UCAUAUUAAGGUCAUUAACAUCAUAUCGUAAAAGUACACGUCAUCUAAUGGUGGAGUCAGAGAUUCGCAGAAGGGGGUUCGAUCAAAGUUUUUUGGGGGGUAUAUUUUGACGGAUUUUUUAAUUUUUUUGGGGGGGGGGCACAUUUCGAUGGGGUUAUGAAUUUUCAGAGUAAAAAGGGUCAGACAAAGGGACAAGGAGAAAGCAUGGAACAAACCGCAGCAAAUGGAAUUGUAUGUGACCUGCGAUUUUUCUAAUUGUACCUUCACUUUCUCUAUUCUUAAGAAAAAGUGAGCAAUAAAAUAUCUUGAGAGGGGAGAUACGUUUUUGCGACAUCGACCUUGUGGGGGGAGGAACACCCAUGGGUGGGGUCUUGCACUUUUAGACAAGGAUGUAUAGACGAUCCUCGGGUCAGAGGCUGGCCACUGAUGGACUCUCCAUUGCCCGUCCUCAUCAUCGGAGUACUGUACUACUUCUUCAUCAGGCACGCGGGGCCGAAGUUCAUGGAGAAGAGGGCACCUUACAAGCUGGAGAGAGCCAUGGUCUAUUACAACACUCUCCAGGUCAUCGUAAACUCUUUUGCAGUUUAUCAGGGCAUCAGAAUAAUACUUCAUCCAUCGUACAAUCUUUCCUGUUCUCCAGUUACUUAUGAAACUACUCCUUUUCAUAUGAAAACAACAUAUCUUUCGUGGAUAUACUUCGCUGUAAAGAUCACAGAUCUUGUAGAUACUGUAUUUAUGGUGCUGAGAAAAAACUUUCAUCAAGUGACGUUCCUACAUGUGUAUCAUCAUCUUGGCAUGGCAUGGGGAAGUUGGGUCGUAGUCAAAUACAUACCAGGAGCACAUUUAUGUUUUGUGGGAUUGAUAAACUGCAUCGUACAUUCUGUAAUGUACUUUUAUUACCUCCUCACCGCAUACGAUCCUACUGUGAAGAAAUCCAUCUGGUGGAAGAAACAUAUCACAGAAUUGCAAAUGACUCAAUUUUUCUUGAUCUUUCUUCAUCACUUAAGUGCCUUAAUCAAUCCAAGCUGCAACUACCCUAAAAUAGCAUUGCUCGUAUUUUUAUCACAGAACUUCCUUAUGUUUUAUUUAUUUUCAAAGUUUUAUUACCAGAACUACAUCAAACCAAGGAAUAAAAUAAAUUAA